AUGGCCCCUAUCAAUUCCAUGCUCACGCCUCGGCAGUCAAGUGGCGACAACUGCCCGAGCACAAUCAGCGGCGGCGGGAUCGCAGGUAUCGUUAUUGGCUCGAUUGCAGGCACCCUCCUCAUUUUGUGGCUGUGGCGAAUCUUUCGACUUCCCGGCGCAUGGAGUGGGGGAGACGAGCCUGACGUCGGCUACCGGCCUCCUGUUGUUCGCAGCAGCACGAGUAGCCGAGGGCGACGGAGUCGCCGUCGUCCGUCCGCAACAUAUGUCGAGUAUGAGAAGCCGAUAAGUACCCGUCGUUAUAGAGAUCGCGAUGAUGUGCGCCGGCCAGCUAAGGUGUAUUUGACGGAUCCUUGA